UUCUAGAUACAAGUACUAGGUCAUCAGCAUCGCUUCUCGGCCUUUUGGCUAAGAUCAAGUGUAGCUUUUGGUGUACCAUAUCUGGCCUACUGGACCAGGAGUGUAACGGACUCAUUUGUACUGUUGAACUCCAAGAGUGGAUCUGAUACUUUCAAUCAUUGUAUUAUGACAAGGAAGCUCAGUUUAACAAGCCAAGUAUUCAACCAGAGGGUUCACAUCACUGGCCACCUGUAACCACAGUGGAGGUAGAGAAUUUGAUCGCAUAGCUAAAGAACAACAAGGCCCCUGGGCAUAGAUUAUAGUUUACCACCAGCUGUUCUCUCCUGCAGCAUGCUGAGAAUUCUCCUAUCAACCUUUUUAGGCCUAUUUUUGUUCGGGAUAGGAGGACCGCAUCAUCAGCAUAUGAAAUAUAUUUCUGCUUGUCCCCAGACGCUGAAGCUACACAAGGAUUACUUUAAGUAUAGUUUUGCAACACAAAAUAUCAUUCCCACUGCCUCUGCUGCUUUUCUAGGUUCAUUAUCCAGGCCAUAUUCUUCUCUUCAUGCAUUUUUUUGGUGGCAUACUUGCAGCAAAACUAAGUAUCUUAGGGUGAAAAGAAGAAGGAUCUUGGAAACUGGGUGACUGAUUAGCUCAGAGUGGCACUGGUGCAAGCCCCCCCCCCCAAAAAAAAUCGUUCUUCUGUAACUUCAGGGUGUGCACGACAUGGCCAUCAGAUUCCUUGUUAUUGGAGAUGUAACUCUCCACCAUGGCUUCAAGUUCUGCAGUCGUUGUCCCACAUCUGCUGCUCCUCCAGAAAAGAAAAGAGGGGAAGGACAGGAGGAGAGGAAGACCAUAUAUAGCAUCUUGACAUUAGAGGUGAAAGAGGCAGAGGCACUACAUGAAAUUCUGUCACGAGCUCGUUGGACUUUUUAAAAGAGCUGGGACGAGUGAAAGAAGCCAAAGCUGCAAAGAACUAUGAAUUUCCUUUCCCCUAAUGACCAUCUCCCAAGGAAUGAUUCUAAUGGAUCAACUUGUGAAAUCCAAGAUGGCUUUCUUGCAGGGACUCUGCCUGUGAUGUACUCAGUCAUCUCCACAUUUGGUUUCUUCAGCAACAUGCUGGCCCUCUGGGUGUUCCAGUUUGGCACACAGAAGACAAACUCCAUCACGGUGUACAUGAAGAACCUUGCCAUCUCAGACCUCUUGCUUGCCCUCUGCCUGCCCUUCCGGGCUGCUUAUCAAAAUGAGAAUGGCCCUCCCAUCCUGUGCAAAGUGGUUGGCACAGUCUUCUAUACCACCAUGUACAUCAGCAUCCUGCUCCUCAGCCUGAUCUGCCUGGACCGCUACCUGAAGAUCAUCUGGCCCCUCCAGCAGUUCCGGAUCCACAAAGUACCUCACAGCACUUCUGCCUCCAGAGUGGUAUGGCUGCUCUGCAUUGCCAUAAUGCUGCCAUACUUUUUCAACAAGGGCAACAGCAACGACCCCUGCAGCCACAAAUGCUUCCACUUCAAGAAGAGAGGAGCUCUGGCAGCAGUGCUCAACAUGACGGCCGUGCUCCUUUUCUUCUUCCUGUUGCUGUUUUUCCUUUACUCUUACUGCAAAAUCUCUCUUAAGCUCCACACAGCAUCCUUAAGGAAAAGUAAGCGGAUUAGCAGCAGAGCCACUCUGAAGAUCUCUGUGGUCCUGCUCGUCUUCACAAUAUGCUUUGCCCCCUACCACAUGGUCCGAGUGCCCUACAUCUUUGCCCAGGUAGGGGUCUUUUCUGCUGCAGAGAGUGUUCAGGCCCUCCACUUUGCCAAUGAAGUUGUCCUUUGCAUCUCAGCCCUCAACUGCUGCUUCGACCCCAUUAUUUUCUUUUUUCUGUCCAGCAAUUUCAAGAGGGCUCUGCUGGCAGCCACCCUUGGGAAACUGAAAAGAGCUCUUCAGAAGAACCCAGACAUGUCAGGCAACAGAAAAUCCAUCACAGAUUCCAGAAUGCAGGAGAGCUGAGGUACAGGAUGAGCGACUGGUUGUUGGGCAGUA